AAAGAAAGAAAAAAAAGUAAACUUGUAACUUUUAUUUUGAAAUAAGUCGUAACCGGAAGUUUAACAAACAUUUCCUGGAUUUGUAAAAAUAGUGAAAGGUGUGCGGAGGUUCUGAAUGGAUCACUUCGAGAAGGAUUUAGUUGAUGCGCUUAAAGACAUCGUCGAGGCUGGAAACUGGCAGUGUGUGGGAGACAAAUCUAAGUUUAAGUCACUAUGCACGAAGUUUUACUCUGAUGACGGAGAGCAUAUAGUCCUGGUGCAUACAAAGGAUGAUCAAUUCUGGGCUAUGGAUUCAUCUUGCCCACAUGAAGGGGGCCCACUUGAGCAAGGUGAUAUUGAGGAUCUGGGCAAUGGGAAACUGGCACUGAUUUGCCCAUGGCAUUACUUCGAUUUCAGCCUUGAAACUGGUUCCUCUUCCACUGGACUGCAGAACCAAGUGUAUGAUGUCCGUGUACUGGAUGGAAAAGUCUACAUAAAUACCCAGAGCACACUGUCCCUCUGUCCCAUCCCAGCAACAAAAAUAACCCACCAAGAUAGUUUGCCCGUGGAAAUAAAUUCCUCUGAAAACACACUUUGCAUGUGGGCCACCAAAAUCCUUCACACCGCAGAUCCACAGGAAAAGGUUUCAUUGACCAAGAUAGUGCAAGAGAACUGGGACAGUGGGAAAAUAACAGAGACUGGGGAGGCCAGCCCUCCUGCGCAGCCUAACAGAAAAGACAAUCUGACUGUUGUGGAGCCUGGAAAAAUCAAACGGGGCAAGGGUGGCACACUGGCGAGUAGGAUUGCUUUACUGCACUCUCUUGCUAAUAUAGAGCAGUGGGCAAUAGACCUGUCCUGGGAUGUGAUAGCAAGAUUCUCCACAUUUAUAUUGAGCAAUGGUGAGCCAUUACCUCGCCAGUUCUUUGACGACUUUGUCAAAGUAGCAGGAGAUGAAGCCAAGCAUUAUCAGUUACUAGAACAAAGGAUUAUGGAGCUUGGCAGCUUCUUUGGUGCUUUACCAGUACACAACGGUUUGUGGCAGUCGGCAACAGAUACGUCUCACGACCUUUUGGCGAGGCUAGCUAUAGUGCACAUGGUCCACGAGGCCAGAGGUUUAGAUGUGCACCCUCAGACUCUGUCCCGCUUCGCUGCUCAGGGAGACACAAGCUCAGUGAAGGUGUUGGAGGUGAUUUAUGCUGAUGAGAUCACACAUGUGGCUGCAGGGCUGAGAUGGUUCACACACAUCUGCUCAAAAGAAGGACGGGAUUCCUUGAAAACGUUCCAUGAAUUGGUGAAGUUGCAUUUCAAAGGGUUUUUGAAGCCUCCAUUCAACACAGAAGGAAGGAGGACAGCAGGGAUGACAGAAGAGGUAUACCUACCAUUUUUGAAUUUCUGCAGAAUUAUUCUUUUUUUGUUUUGUUUGUUGUUGUUAUUUGUUUGAUUGCAUAACUUAAAUGAUAUUCUUUUUUUUUAUUCAACCUUUGCCUACAGUGGUAUGUUCCUCUUGUCAAGCCCUCCAGUUUACAGAAGACCUCCUGAUUGGAUUUAUUUUUAUUCAAAAAGAGGAAACCUGUUUUGCAUUCUGUAAAAAGGACUUUUAAUGUGGAGUGUGCUUGCAUGAUCAUCAGAUGAACUCUAAGGGUAAAGAAUUCACAGAACGGAUCUGUAAAUUCUAUGUAUUCUAUGUGCAUUCAUUUUUUUCCCACAGUAACCACUAUUUAAUGGUUUCUUUAAUUCUUGUGUAAGAAAUGUAAUGUAAUCAAUGAACUUUAAUUUUAUGAUAAUUUAUUUAAAUAUAUGAAAAGACAAAUGCACAUUGGUAAAUAUCGUUGCAGCAGUUCAGUGGUCUUGCUGACAGGGGGCGCUCAGAGGUUGUUUUUGCUUUCAGCUGAGGUGUUCUGUGAAAGGGGUGCGGUUUCCACUGCUGAGAAGUUUUUGAGUAGGUUUUCAUAUUUGGUUAGAGGGUAUUAUAUCAUCAUUUAAACUGUUUUAAACUUAAUCCAAAUGCAGAAAAGCAUGCACAUCCAAAAAUAACAGAUGUGACACAUUUAAUAGAAUUAAACAUUUGUAAUAGAAAAACAUGCAAUCGGAUUAAGUUUAAAACAAAAUUGGCAUACUGUUGAUUCUAAAGGAUGUCUGAUGAAGGUAUGUGGCCUGAAAUUUCAUGUGUUUGGUGAGAAUACCAUUAAAAUUCCUUUGGGAACAACAGUAUGCUGACUUGGUUUUAAAUUCAGUCCAAGUCAUUAAGAGUUUUGUAUCAAAUGGAUAAUGAAUUAUUACUCCACCUGACCAUAGAUCCAUCAGUGUAAACACGUUCUUAGCAUAGAGUUGAAAAUUUGUCAAUCCUUGUAAAAAGGUCAAUUGAAAUUUUUUUUAUGUGUUGGGUCUGCUU